AUGGCUGUAGCUCGCGAUCGUCAGGAAAGCUACGCUGUUAAACAUAGGAAACCGUUGGAAUUCCAAGUUGGUGACAGAGUCUUGCUAAAAGUCUCACCUUGGAAGGGUAUUGUCCGUUUUGGGAAGCGAGGCGAACUAAAUCUGUGUUAUGUCAAACCAUUUGAGAUCAAAGAAAGAAUUGGCACAGUGGCAUAUAGACUGAAUUUACCUGAAGAACUUAGUGGUGUGCACAAUGUCUCUUAUGUAUCUAAUCUAAAAAAGUGCUUAUCCGACGAAACACUUUUGAUCCCAUUCAAAGAGCUCAAGAUCGAUGACCAACUCCGUUUCAUUGAGGAACCAAUUGAAAUCAUGGAUCCGGAAGUCAAAACUCAAGCUCAGUAA